UGAUUGGAGGGUAGUUGGUUGUAGUUGAUGUUGAUAUAUUGAUAUCCUAUUAAUUAAUAACGAUUAAUAACAAUACUACUAGUACUAAUACAGUAAUACUUAUACUUGGAUCGAUCAUUCAAUCAUCCAACAGACCAACACCAAGAGGAAGAGGCAGCACUGCACACGAUGGCGGCAACCACAUCUUCAUGGUUAUUAUGUCCACUGAAUUUUAAAGGCAGCAGCAGCAACAGGAUGGGAAUCCCUCCAACAACAAUCAGAAUCAGAUGCAACCUCUCUGCGAACCACAAGUCCACCACACUUGCGACGACGGAGUCCGAGCCUAAACCAAUUUACACAUCGGUCAAAACCUUUGCUCCGGCCACCGUGGCAAAUCUAGGUCCGGGCUUCGAUUUCCUCGGCUGCGCGGUCGAUGGCCUUGGGGACACUGUCUCACUCAGGGUGGACCCGCAAGUUCAUCCGGGUGAGAUUUGCAUCUCACACAUUUCCGGCCAAAACCCUAACAAGCUCAGCAAAAACCCUCUUUGGAAUUGCGCUGGUAUCGCCGCCAUUGAAGUCAUGAAAAUGCUUGGCAUUCGAUCCGUUGGUCUCUCACUCUCCCUCGACAAGGGUUUGCCCUUAGGAAGCGGUCUGGGUUCCAGCGCUGCCAGCGCCGCCGCCGCCGCCGUCGCUGUCAAUGAGAUUUUCGGCAACAAAUUGACCGUUGACGACCUUGUUCUUGCUUCCUUAAAAUCCGAAGAGAAGGUUUCUGGUUAUCACGCCGAUAACGUCGCACCCUCCAUCAUGGGGGGUUUUGUGCUCAUUCGCGGUUACGAGCCAUUGGACUUGAUGCCGUUGAAGUUCCCCCCCGAGAAGAACUUGUUCUUCGUGCUUGUCACUCCUGAAUUCGAAGCUCCCACCAAGAAGAUGCGAGCGGCACUCCCUGCUGAGAUUGGUAUGCCGCACCAUGUGUGGAAUUGUAGUCAAGCAGGUGCUCUGGUGGCAUCGGUGUUACAAGGGGAUUUGGUGGGCUUGGGCAAGGCUUUGUCCUCCGAUAAGAUCGUUGAGCCGAGGCGAGCCCCUUUGAUUCCUGGCAUGGAGGCUGUCAAGAGGGCUGCCAUUGAGGCUGGGGCUUUUGGUUGCACCAUCAGUGGUGCUGGCCCCACCGCUGUUGCUGUCAUUGAUGAUGAGCACGCAGGACACCUGAUUGGGAAACAUAUGGUUGAGGCUUUUCUCAAGGACGGAAAUUUGAAAGCUUCUGCAAAUGUUCAGCAGCUUGAUCGGGUUGGUGCUAGACUUAUUAGUAGCAGUAACGAAAAUUGAAGCCUCUUAUUUGUUCUCACUCCUUCGCGAGCUUUGGAGAGAGGAGGGUAUGCUUUGCUUUCGAUUGUGAUCUUCGCGAAUUUUAUGUGAGGGGUAUCAAGGCAACAUUUGCACCUGAAGUGUCUGUUUUGUGAGGUUUUGGAGUGGCGUUUAGACUGGUCUCUCCUCGUCUCUUGUGCGCCCAACAUUAGAUUAACCAAUGUAAUUGUUUUAGGUUGCGAUGUCAGUGGCUCUUGGCUAUGAUCUCGUUGUAUUGGAUGCUGAUUCGCCCGAGUCGAUGCGUGCACGUGCGAUGUCAAUGGCUCUUGCUGCUGGAGUUUGUCAUGAGGUUGUUGUUCUCGCGCCUGAAGCUAUGACCGUUGGUUCUCUUCUCUUAUGUUUUUGGGUUUUUAGCUUUGAUGUUGUUGCCAUUGGUAGAAUUUUGUGUAUUUUGCGUUUUUGGCUUAUUUCGAUGUUUUCUUUGGUGGGCCAUUAUCUUGCCUAGGUUGUGUAUCGUACUUUGCUUACUUUGUUGGCGUUCGCGUUGUACUUCAAGAGGAUUUGUUUCUUGA